AUUAGUAUUGCUCUGCAGAACACAGUUGAAAGUAUAAAAUCAAUGCGGGGGAAAGUGAAUUCACUGCAUUUGACUGCAUGACAUACAGAAAGGAAUGUGUUAUUAGUUUAGGUCACCAGAGGUCAGCAUUGUGCGCUUUGUGGUCUGUUGCUGUAAGCGGGCAUGACGUGUAAAUAGCAGGAUGUACUGCAGAUCGUUGUGUUUGUUGUGUUUGACAGUCAGGAGUCCUUAAUUAACAAGGCUGAUUAUUGUGCUCAGUCGACGCUGGGUCGGGUUUAUGGUCCGGGUUUCUCCACCGUGGUAUGGGAUGCGCAGUGUCUGCAGCCACUGCUGACUGAGACUGCUGCAGUGUAAACAAGACUGUCCGAGGCUGCAGCGCUGCUGUCUGUAGGCGAAAACGUAACACCACGGUACCAAUGCGCGUAUCUAAUCCGAUGGACUCUGCUGCGGAGGAAGGGUCGGAAAAUGACUGACAACCAGGAAACCCCUGAUGCUGAGGAUACUAGUCCGUCCGGGGGCGCGACCUUGCCGCUCCGGCCGCCCUGCGACCGUCUUCCCUGCCACAAGAGCAGCGUCUGCUCCCGCUCCUACUUCGUGGUAGUGAUGGUGUUCUUUCACGUCUACAUCAUUAAUGUUAUUGCGCUUCUAUUCUACGUGCACUACAGUAGCGGGCAGGAAGAUGCCAAUCGGAGUCGUGAUGCUCCCCGCGGUGACCACCAGCGCACCGAGUCGGGACGUCCGCCAUCAAAGCCGGACUUUCUACGCGAUGUUUCUUUGACAAGAGUCGAGGGAAUACGGGUUGGACACGUGCAGAAGGUGUCUCUGAUACCAGGCAAAGUGCACGAGAUGCGUACUCUGAGCAUGAAACCUCUGCUAUUUGAAAUCCCUGAGUUUUUGUCAGAGGAUGAGUGCCGUGUAGUGAUGCAGCUUGCACAGCUAAAGGGUCUCAUGGAGAGCCAGCUGAUGGUACAAGAGGGGCAGGAAGAGCUAGCCAAGGAGCUCAACCUGAGCCCAGAUGAGAUCUUCAACCUUCUGGAUAUCAACCAGGAUGGACAGUUGCAGCUCCAUGAGAUACUGACUCAUUCUCGAGUGAGGGACGGCAUCUGGCUCACACCAGAGAAUCUCAGAGAAAUCUACAUUGGACUCAAAGCUGACAAGGAUGGUAAUGGUCUGCUGAGUCUAGAGGAGUUCAGGCUUCUGAGCAGCGAUGCCUUCCAGCGCUUCCUGGUGCAGCAGGGCGUGAAAAGGAGUCAGUUGGUGAGAAACAGCAGACACACAUGGCUGUACCAAGGCAAAGGAGCACACCAGGUCCUCCAGGAGAUCAAGACGAGGGUGACUCGCCUCACUCGGCUUCCACCCUCAUUGGUAGAUCUCAGUGAACCUCUUCAGGUGGUUCGCUACGAGGAAGGGGGACACUACCAUGCUCACCAUGACAGCGGCCCUGUGUAUCCUGAAACCGCAUGCACACACACACGGCUCGCUGCCAACACCUCCACCCCUUUUGAGACAUCCUGCAGGUACAUCACAGUACUCUUCUACCUGAACUCUGUUGAGGGGGGUGGGGAAACCGCAUUCCCCGUGGCAGACAACAGGACCUAUGAUGAAGUGUCUCUCAUACAGAAUGACAUUGAUCUUAUGGACACCAGAAGGAACUGCGACAAGAGUAACCUGAGAGUGAAGCCUACCAAAGGGACAGCUGUUUUCUGGUACAACUAUCUGUCUGAUGGGAGAGGAUGGGUGGGAGAGCAGGAUGAAUAUGCUCUGCAUGGAGGCUGUAUGGUGACACAUGGCACUAAGUGGGUCGCCAAUAAAUGGAUCAACAUUGAUCCGGAUUACCAGCGGCAGGCUCGCUAUCAGCAGCUGGUUUCACAGCAGCCCGAGGAGGAGGAGGAUGAUGAUGAUGAUGAAGGUCUGACUCUGAACCCAGACAUGAAGAGUUCUGAUAUCCAUCAAGACUUGUAGCUCGUCAACCAAAUUUAUAUUUAUGGAAAAAAAAGAAACUACCUAGCCUUCCUCAGUCCUGUGCACAACUUUCUUGCCAACAUCCCCUGUGGCCGGUAUGUAGAGACAAGAUUUAUUCAGGGAACGAGGUCACAGGGGGUUUAUGCAACCGUAAGGAGAUGCUGUUGUUAAAUAUAGCUUGAAUAUUGUUAUCCUAUUUUUCAUUAGUGUGCUAAUUAUAAUAAGUUCCCAUCAAAGGAUUGUUGCACUAGAAACUCAUUGAAGGGGUUGAGACAAAAAAUCCUUUGCAUGUGUUAGUUUAAAAGAUUUUGCUGAUGCUCUGAGCAAAAAAUGCACUUGAAAAUUGAAAUGGCUGCUGUAAACAUUUCACUGUCUCUCUUUGUUGUUGCUACCAUGACCAAAAAGAGGCUCACGCACUGUCAGUAUGAUGCAUGUUGCCUUGCUGUUUUUCCUUGAAUUUAUACUCAUUUUAUGACAGAAUAUUUUUCAAAAGUCAAUAUUUGGAAUGUUUGUUUGUUUUUUAUUUGUUUAUUUAUAUAUUUUCCUUUAAGCUGCACUCUUCCACUCUCCAAGAUUGAAUAAAAGUUAAAAAAUCA